GGGGACUAUGGCUCUGAAGGACACGGGCAGCGGCGGCAGCACCAUCCUGCCCAUUAGCGAGAUGGUCUCCUCGUCCAGCUCGCCCGGCGCGUCGGCAGCUGCCGCCCCAGGGCCCUGCGCACCCUCGCCCUUCCCCGAAGUAGUGGAGCUGAACGUAGGCGGCCAGGUCUAUGUGACCAAGCACUCGACGCUGCUCAGCGUCCCGGACAGCACUUUGGCCAGCAUGUUCUCACCCUCUAGUCCCCGGGGCGGCGCCCGGCGCCGGGGCGAGCUGCCCAGGGACAGCCGGGCGCGCUUCUUCAUCGACCGGGACGGCUUCCUCUUCAGGUACGUGCUGGAUUAUCUGCGGGACAAGCAGCUCGCGCUGCCGGAGCACUUCCCCGAGAAGGAGCGGCUCCUGCGCGAGGCCGAGUAUUUCCAGCUCACCGACUUGGUCAAGCUGCUGUCGCCCAAGGUCACCAAGCAGAACUCGCUCAACGACGAGGGCUGCCAGAGCGACCUGGAGGACAACGUCUCUCAGGGCAGCAGCGAUGCGUUGCUGCUGCGCGGGGCGGCGGCCGCCGUGCCCUCGGGCCCCGGAGCGCACGGUGGUGGCGGCGGCGGCGCGCCGGACAAGCGCUCGGGCUUCCUCACGCUGGGCUACCGGGGCUCCUACACCACCGUGCGCGACAACCAGGCCGACGCCAAGUUCCGGCGCGUGGCGCGCAUCAUGGUGUGUGGGCGCAUCGCGCUGGCCAAGGAGGUCUUCGGGGACACGCUCAACGAGAGCCGCGACCCCGACCGGCAGCCGGAGAAGUACACUUCCCGCUUCUACCUCAAGUUCACCUACUUGGAGCAGGCCUUCGAUCGCCUGUCAGAGGCCGGCUUCCACAUGGUGGCGUGUAACUCCUCGGGCACCGCCGCCUUCGUCAACCAGUACCGCGACGACAAGAUCUGGAGCAGCUACACCGAGUACAUUUUCUUCCACGACAUGAUAAUAUACCUAGAAGACCCCAUCGCCUCAGCCCAAAAACUCCUGAAACUGAUAAGCAACUUCAGCAAAGUCUCAGGAUAUAAAAUCAAUGUGCAAAAAUCUCAAGCCUUCCUCUACACCAAUAACAAACUUAAAGAGAGCCAAAUCAAGAAUGAACUGCCAUUCACAAUUGCUACAAAAAGAAUAAAAUACCUUGGAAUACAACUCACAAGGAAUGUAAGGGACCUCUUCAGGGAAAACUACAAACCACUGCUCAACGAAAUCAGAGAGGACACAAACAGAUGGAGAAACAUUCCAUGUUCAUGGUUAGGAAGAAUUAAUAUCGUGAAAAUGGCUAUACUGCCCAAAGUAAUUUACAGAAUCAACGCUAUCCCCAUCAAGCUACCAUUGACUUUCUUCACAGAACUGGAAAAAACCACCUUGAACUUCAUAUGGAACCAAAAGAGAGCCCGCAUAGCCAAGUCAAUUCUAAGCAAAAAGAACACAGCGGGGGGCAUCACACUACCGGAUUUCAAACUAUACUAUAAGGCUACAGUAAUCAAAACAGCAUGGUACUUCCUAUUCUUAUGUCUGUCUCUGACCCACUUUUCUUCCACUGCCUUCCAUGUUAAGGAUUCAUGUAUUAGAUUGAAUCUACCCAGACGAUGCAGGGUAAUUUCCUCAUUGUCAAGCCCUUAACUUUAAUCACAUCUCAAAGCCCAUUUUGGCAUUUAAUGUAAAAUAGUAACAAUGUAUGAGAGUUGUCUUGGACAAUUUAGGGAGAAUAGGGACAAUUUAGGGAGAAUAGGGGCUACUACAGUGUCUAAGAAUUCCUCUGGUAAAUCUUAGUUACUUCAGUUCUCACAUAUAGAACACUAUACCUGAAAAAUCAUAGAUUUUUCUUGUUAAAAUCCAUUAUUACUUGAAGUACUAACCUGAAUCCUAUGUAUGUUCUAUAAGACAGGAACCAGUACUUUUCUGCUCCCUAUUACAUCAAGACGUGGCUGAGCAGUGGCUACUUUGUGAGAGAUGGGGCAGAGAAGAAAACAGACUUUGGAAAGAACUAACAAAAUAAAAAGAAGUUAAUGUAUAUAAGGGAUGCCAAAGUAUUGCUUUUUGUGUGUGUUAUCUUCCUAGCUACUUAACAUUUCUAUUCCCUUCUAUAAAUUUGAAGAAUGUGAUGAAAUACAUGUAUUAUUUUUGAGUUUAUCCUGUUUCUCCCUGAUGAAAUACUGAUACUUAAAAAUAUACAUAUAUAUGUAUGUGUGUGUGUACACACACACACACACACACACACAUACACUACUCUCAGUAUGGUUGUAAUUUUUUAGGGAUUCUAAAAACUCUGGAAAAAAUUCCUUUGUGAUUUGAGUGAUCCUUCUUCUGUAUAUCCAACACAGGUCCCCAAAGUUACUUUUUUCUUUGACUCCAUAGGUUGUAUUUUCCCUUUCUUCAGUAAAUAAGACAUGAGUUGUUAUUAAUCUGUUUUGAAUUUUUAAAGUACUUUUUGCAGUUUUUAAAUAAGGCAACUACAUUACAAUUAGAAAUCACUUUAUUAACCCUACAUUUCUAUAUUACAUUUGGCCUUCAGACUACUCUUGUCAGUAUAUUGGGCAGGUAACCUUUCCUGUAGGAGAGAAAGUCAGUGAGGCUCAAUAUCACUGAAUAUUUUAACUAUAGAUUUAAACCAUUUUUUCUUGCCUCCCAAAUCUCUAUUCCCCUAGCAUGCAAAGUUGUUGAAAAAUAGGAUUCUUUUUCCCACUGAAUAUUCAGAAUGUGCUUUCCUUUUCAAGAAAGGUCCAAUUUUUUUCUCUUACAUUUUUGUUUUCAUGUGGGUCUAUAAGAGACUCAUGAAGAGAGCUUUUUUCUUUUAAAAUUGCAGAUUAUUUUUCUAAUCUUCCCUGCCAAUUUCUUCCUCUAAAAAGUUUAGUUUAAAAUGUAUCUACUUUUGACAAAUUCCUCUGAUUUGCUCUACUAUACAGCUUUUUAGUAAUUAUAUCUCUUGAAACACGCACUUGUUAAAUUAUUUUUUAUCACAAAUUUUGGAAACCUCCAUAAUAUUUUGUAAGUUUUUAUAUGUUGUGUUAAAAAGUCAGAAAUUAAAACCACGCAUGUGGUAUCACUCACACACACAUCCAUACAUAUCUGUUUUAAUAUCCUCAGAGUACAUAUCAGAGAAAAAGGCAUGUAGGAUUACAGAUUUCCAUAACAGUAAACCAAGUCAGAUUAUUUUUAAUGCUAAUUUGAGAAAUAACUUUUUUGUUCUUUUAAUAUGAAAAUGAUGUGUUUCCAUUAUGGAAUAUUCUGAAAACUGAGAUAAGCAUAAAUAAGAAAAUACACAUAAUCUGUAAUUUUAUUACCAGAUUACUAUUGUUAAUAUUUUACUGUAUAUUUUCAACCUGUUUACCCCUCUAUCUAUAUAUAUUAUUUGAAUUAAGAGGUUGAUGAUGCAAUGCUGAUUUAAAUGUAGUUUGUUCUUAUUAAACAGACUGUGAUGAUAAUUCUAUAUUACUGAAUAAUCUUUCACAAUAUAAUUUUAUUUGCUGCAUGGUAUUCUAUUUACUUAAGCAUUCCUAUCGAUUUUUAUAAUAAAUAUUGCAUAUAUUAUAAUAAAGAAAUGUGUUAAGGUAUAGGGAUUAUUAAACAGAAUAAAAUAUUACUACUAUUCCAGUGGCCAGGAUGUAUAAUUUAAAAUAGUUCAGUUUGUAUCAUUUGUAUAACUCUGGAUUUUUAACAUUUUACACACUCAACAAUGUUGUGUAAGUACAUUAUUGCAGUUUUGCAUGAAGCAUCAAUGAUAUAUAUGUUCUAUGAAAACAUAUACAGAUGCAUAGUCUAGAUGCUAUUUUAGAUUAUAGUUUUUACUUUUAAAAUAACAUAAUUAUUUUAAUUGAAAUAAUUUUGGUCAAGGUCCUUUUUUCAUAGUUCUGACCAUUUUAAAUGAAUUUUUAAUCAUAACUGAACUAAUUUAUACUCCCACCAACCUGUCUUCACUGUACUCUGCCCAACAAUUAGUUUUAUUUAUUGUUUAAACAUGUUUGCUAAUUUGCCAGAACAGAAAAAACAUACAGUUUAUAAUUAAUUAUUAGUUAGAUUGAACAUUUUAAAGGUGUUUAUUUCUUCUUUUAUGACAUAUUAGUUCAGAUCCUCUUCUGGAUUAACCUGCUUGUUGACAUAUUUACUCUGAAUAUCUUCCUAUUUAUCAUUUAAAUUUAACUUGUUUUCCAUAAUUCAUUCACUCUUUCUUAAACUAAACAGACUUCUCCCAUUUAGAGAUUUGUUAUAUAGCAGUUUCAUUUUAUUGUUUUAUUUUAAAUACAGUGAAGAAAUUCUUUUAUUUUAUUUUUUAAAACAAAGCACUAAUUAAUUAUUUCUGUAUAUUCUAAUUAACAUAUGUAGUUUUUGCUGAGUAGAUAUCAUACAUUUAUUGUUCAGGGUAUUUUAAUUCCUAUGACUGUUUAUAUUUUCUCACUGUUACCGGUACAGAGAAAUGUUGCUGAAUUUUUCUGUUUUGUUAUCUUCCCAGACAUUUAAAUAAGAUUUUAUUAUUUUCUGUUUUUCAGUUUAUGAUUUGCACAUAGUCAUACUUUCUCUCAUAGUUGUAACUCUUAAAUCUGUUUAAAGUCUGGUUGUUUUGUAAACCAGAAAUAACAUUUUUUGGUUUUGAUUUUGAUGCAGAUGGCUUCAGUUACUCACCAUAAAUAAAAUGUUGUCUAGUUGGGUAUGAUAGGCUGUCUUACCCUAAAUAUUAAUAAAGAGAUUACUUAUUGAUUUCUAAUUGGGUGAUAUUAAACCUGUCAUAUAAAUUUUCAAUUCUAUGAAGAUAUUCUUUUUCUAAAUUGAUAAAAUAUUUUAUUUUUUUAGAAAUUCUAACAUGAAUCCAUUUUAUAUUUCUGAGAUGAGUCUUUGAUAGGCUGGUUAAUACUGUUUUUAUAUUUUGAUGAAUUAUAUUUGCUAUUAUUUUAUUCAGAAAUUUAAAUUUUCUAUUUUUUUCUAUUGUGAUUGGUGUUCCCAAAAGGUUAUAAUCCUUUUGUUGAAUCAAAGGAUGUUUUUCCUCUUUUGCAUUCUCUAGAAAAUCAUUAUUUUUCUUUUAUAUACAUUGUAAAUAUAACAGGUGUUAUUUAAGUCUUUUUCUAAAAGCAUUUCCUAAAAGUAUCCUAAAAAACAGUUAUUUAGGUCCUUUCCUAAAAGCGUUAGGAAUUCAUGAAUAAUUCUCAAGUACACUAACAAAACUGUCAUUUUAUAGAAUAUUAUUUAUCUUUAAAAUGUCUCCUGAGUUAUUUAAACAUUUUUAAGUUUACUUCUAAUGGAUAUCUAAGUGAAAAUUGUUCUUGGCUCCACCAACACCUAACAACUCCUAUACAAAACAUGUUUUUAAAAUUUCUUUACAACUUUUAUUAUAGGUUCAGGGAAUACAUGUGCAUGUUUGUUAUAUAUGUGUAAAUUGUAUGUCUUGGGGUUUGGUGUACAGAUUAUGUGUAAAAGGAGUUUUUUUCUACUCAAAUGUUAAAUUGGUAGAUGAUAUAAAUUCGAUAUAAAUUAAUUUUUAGAUUAAAAUAUUAAUAUUAACCAAAUGUCUCCCAUGGCUAAUUAUCUUUUCAGUAU